ACACAUUCUAAGCUGAAAAGCGAAUCUCAUCUCUCUCAGAGUCAUAUAUCAGUGAUCAGUAUAAACGUGAUGCGAAGGACAAAUUGAUCACGAUGCCAGGGAUGGGAUUUCAGGGGCAGAAUUCCUCGACAGGUGCCGGCUCGAGAGCUCGCAAUGCUAGUAGCCCUGACUCCGUCAUCUUCACUCUCGAAUCCAACUUCUGCAGCCUCUUCUCCUCUGCUUCCGCCAGCGUCGAGCGCUGUUCUUUUGCUUCAGAUGCCCACGACCGCGAUUCCCUGGCAUCUGAAAUCUCCCUCCAUUUGGCAGGAACUGACCAUGGUGAUCACCACGAUAGCUCGAGUGGUCCAGAUCUAGACCCGGAUCCGAACAAACGCACAGGACUCAACAACUACAAUAAGCACAGUCGUUUCUUCAGUAAAGGAGAAAAUGCCAAAGUUCUAAAGGAAGACAGCGACGCAGAUUUUGAAGACAAAAAUCAGCCUCUAGAUUCUGCAAGGAGCUCCUUCUCUCUAGCUCUCAAAGAAUGUCAGGAUCGGAGAUCCAGAUCUGAAGCUCUAUCCAAGAAGCCAGAUAGACGAAGACCUGCUUCAUUGGAUCUCAACAAUGUUACCGUCGCCUCCUCUUCGCCGCGGCUGGCAACCAUGAAAAAAAGUUCGGCUGUGUCGUCUCGCAAGUCCGGUUCGUUGCCGAGUCCCGGGACACCGAAUUAUCGUCAGGAGGGCAUCGGAAUGCAAAAGGGUUGGAGCUCGGAGCGUGUACCGAUGCAAACCAGUACUAAUCGGAGGCAGCCAGCAAACGUGGCGUUGCUACCUUUCAAUAACGGACGGUCGACGUUGCCAUCGAAAUGGGAAGAUGCAGAGAGGUGGAUUUUCAGUCCGGUUUCCGUAGAUGGUGUUGAGAGGCCUUCGAUCCAGCCACAGCAGAGGAGGCCAAAGUCUAAGAGUGGUCCUCUCGGUCCUCCUGGGGUAGCAUAUUACUCUAUGUAUUCGCCAACUAUGCCGAUAUUUGAUGGGGUUAAUGUUCCAGCUUCUCCGUUUUCGGCUGGUGUGAUAGCAGCAGACGGAUUGGUCAUGCAUUCUAGCAAUGUUGGGGUCUUUCCUGUGCGGGCAGAGCCUUGCAUGGCCCGUUCAGCUAGUGUGCAUGGCUACUCUGAGAUGCUGAGUCAAUUAUCGUUGCCUGGAUUACAAGAUGAAAAGUUUGAUGGGCUCAAGGAUGCAGGCACUGAUAUAUCUCGUGGUGUUUCAAGAAGAGACAUGGCGACCCAAAUGAGCCCAGAGGGUAGCAGUCACUCAUCUCCUCAAAGAAGGAUUUCUUUCUCUGCCUCUAUGCCAUCUGCCCUUCCUAUAAUGGAUUUGCAGAGUGUCCCAUCCUCUAAAAUGGAAGUUAGAGACGUCCAGGUAGAUGAACAUGUCACCGUGACAAGGUGGUCCAAGAAACAUAGAGCUCGAUUUCCUGGGAGGAGCUCAGAGAAAGUUGAUGACUGGAAAAAGAAAGGCGUGGAUGCUCAAUCUUCAGAUUUGGAUAUAAGGAGUAUUUCAAAGGUGAAAAGAGAGGAAGCCAAAAUCACUGCCUGGGAGAACCUGCAGAAGGCAAAGGCUGAGGCAGCAAUCCGAAAACUGGAGAUGAAGCUGGAAAAGAAGAGAUCAUCAUCCAUGGAUAAGAUAAUGAACAAGCUAAGAUCAGCUCAAAAGAGAGCCCAAGACAUGAGGAGCUCGGUUUUGUCCAAUCAGGCUCAUCCCAGUACUUCCCAUAAGGCUCUAUCAUUCCGCAGAACCCGCCAGAUUGGCACCUUGAGUGGUUGUUUUACCUGCCAUGCUUUCUAAUGCCUCAUCCAGCCAUCUGUUACUCUGUUUGACCAAUAAUCGUUAAAGUCUUAUGGAAAAUGGAGUGCAAGAACAUAAUUGAAUGGUGUACAGAAGUGGACAAAUAUUAUUAUGACACUAAUUUGGUGUCAAAUUGUGUUUGUGGUGGACUAAAGCACCAAUACCUCCAUCAAGUUCCUGAUAAGAUGCGAGAAAUCACAACAUUCUUUGGGGAUUUAAUGGAUAGUAAGACAUGUAUGUAUGUAAAUCAACCUAGAGUUUUCCUUUUCACAUUGAGAGCUUGUUGGAUAAAUAGAGAUACAGUUCAUCUGGUUGACCUAUAAUUUUCAUCAAAACUUGGAACUGAAGAACACUCAUUACAUUAUUAUGAUUUAUAUAUAGUAAUUUAUGUAAUUCUAGCA